UGGACUGGAAAAGAACAACCAAGAAUGAUCAAAAGCGAGGGACGAGAGUGGCACGCGAGAAAAAGUGUGAGAGCAUGGACAGGCAAGUAUGGACAAAGCAAAACACGAGUGAAACAAGAACGAGCUAACAAGCAAGCAAAA